AUGACGUCGGUUAAAGAGCAGUAUCGAGGUCUAGUGAACCGACAUGAGAGGGAAAUUUGUUUCAGUUCGCUGAGACAGGAUUCCACCGAGUAUCAAGCUGGUCUAACCUCUGUCAUAGGUGAAUUUUUGGACUUGAAAAAGAGCGUUCAAACUACGCUUGCAUUGUUCAGCAGUAAUGAAACUUUGGAAGACGUUGCCACCGCUUCCUUGCCACUUUUGGCUUUGGAUUAUUAUUUAGCGUCAUGCAUCGCGAGAAAACAAGCUACACAGCUUUCAAACAGCAAAGAUCGUGCUGCAAUUCGGCAGAAAUUCCUCCACAAAUCGGUACAACUGGAUAUCCAGUUUUUGGUUUCUUUGGCAGAUUAUGAGAUAUUGGACUCUUUGUUACAUAAGAAGAUCGACAACUUUGAAUCAACGUAUAGUCCUACGUUGCAAGAACUGUAUUCACAACCUUCCGAUUCCAAGGACAUAAAAGGUGCUCAAAUGAGACGACAACAGAAAAUUGAAUUGCACCAGAAAUCGACAUCCCUUGCUGCCCAGAUUUCUGCUCUGGAGGCUCGUAUGGCCACGGAAGGUCAGCAUGAUGAAAUUUUGCGAGACCUGUAUGUGGACCAACUUAGAGACUUGUCCUACAGGGCCUUUUCUGAAGUUGAACAGAACUUGUCAGAAAUCGAGCUCCUCUCUAAUUUCAUAUCGGCACCUCAAGAGCAAAUCGAGCAGACUGAUGUAUCAAACGUUCCACUGAAUGAAGAAGGUUACACGGAAAAAGUGGAAGUUUUAAACAGACCAUUACUGUCGAAAUCUGGGAAAGUAUUACGAACAUUCACUUUGGUGGAUGAUCGAUCUAAAAGUAAGAAUAAAGUCUUUGGAUAUGGGCAGUACGCUCCAACAAUGUCCGUGGAAGAAUUUCUUGAGAAAGAAUUUGAAAGCGGCCGAGUCUUGGAAGGAGGUGCGGAACCAAAGCUUGAGGAAGACGAGGACGACGAAGCGUGGAACGAUAAACAAACCUACAAAGCAAGAGAGUGGGACGCAUUUACAGAAGCAAAUCCAAAGGGGAGCGGAAAUACACUCAAUCGCGGCUAA